GGGCUGCCUGAGCACCCCCGGGCACUGCAGAUUUCCAAGCGUCAAGAUGGGCCUUACCGAAGCCGAUAAGAGCCGCGUGAAGGCCAUUUGGGUCAACGUGAGCGCCCAUCCGGAGGAGCUCGGUGGCGAGGCCCUGGUCAGGAUGUUCGCAGUGCACCCGUCGACCAAGACCUACUUCCCCCACUUCGAUCUCCACCCGGGCUCCGAAAACAUCAGGGCGCACGGCAAGAAGGUGGUGAACGCGCUCACCGAGGCCGUCAACCACCUGGACGACGUGGCCGGCGCCCUGUCCCGCCUCAGUGACCUGCACGCGCAGAAGCUGCGAGUGGACCCCGUCAACUUCAGGCUGUUGUCGCAGUGCAUCCUGGUGACCAUCGCAGCCCACUGCCAGGGCGCGUUGACUCCCGAGGUGCACGUCUCCCUGGACAAGUUCCUGACCAAGGUGGGGAAGUGCCUGGUCUCCAGGUACCGCUAGAGCCGCCCGGCCCGCCAGCCCCGAAGAAGAGCAGCGCAAGAGGCGACGACCCCCCCACCCCACCCCACCACACUCACUUUCUCCCUCCUCCCUUUCCCUCCUAAUAAACGUGUGGUCGUCGAA